AUGGCUGCCCUCGGCGAGGAUUUGCUCAGCACCGUCAACAAGCUACAGGACCUGGUCUUCAAUACCAUCGGCAAUGACUCUCUAGAUCUUCCCCAGAUCGUCGUUGUCGGCUCUCAGUCGGCGGGCAAAUCGUCAGUCCUCGAAAACAUCGUCGGCCGCGACUUUCUGCCCCGAGGAAGCGGCAUCGUCACCCGGCGGCCCCUGAUCCUCCAGCUCAUCAAUGUCCCCGACGACGACGAUGCUCCAGACCCCUCCAGAGAUCCCUUCAGCUCUGCCUCAUCCGCCCGCCGCUCCGAGUGGGCAGAAUUUCACCACAUCCCCAACCGUAGAUUCAGCGAUUUUUCAGACAUCAAGCGCGAGAUCGAGAACGAGACGUCGAGGGUCGCCGGCAGCAACAAGGGAAUCAACAGACAGCCCAUCAACCUCAAGAUCUACUCGCCCAAUGUCUUGAACCUCACCUUGGUCGAUCUCCCGGGCUUGACAAAGGUGCCCAUUGGCGAUCAGCCGACCGACAUCGAGAAGCAAACGCGAAACCUCAUCUCCGAAUACAUUGCCAAGCCCAACAGUCUUAUCCUCGCCGUAUCGCCUGCCAAUGUCGACAUUGUCAAUUCCGAAGCCUUGAAGCUUGCCCGCCAUGUGGAUCCACUCGGUAGGAGGACCAUCGGCGUCCUCACCAAGGUCGACCUAAUGGAUCACGGCACCAAUGCGCUUGACAUCCUCUCAGGCCGCGUGUACCCUCUGAAACUCGGCUUCAUUGGCGUGGUGAACCGGUCCCAGCAGGAUAUCCAAGGCAACAAGCCCAUGGACGAGGCCCUCAAAGCUGAGAAUGACUUCUUCAAGCACCAUCCAGCCUAUCGCAACAUCUCAACCAGAUGCGGCACCCAUUUCUUGGCAAAGACGCUCAACACCACCCUCAUGUCGCACAUUCGAGACCGGCUGCCGGACAUCAAAGCUCGUCUGAAUACGCUCAUGGGCCAGACCCAGCAAGAGCUCGCCAGCUAUGGCGACAUGCACUUCAGCGGCAAGGAGCACCGUGGAUCUCUCAUACUGCAGCUCAUGACGCGCUUCGCAAACUCUUUCAUCGCCUCCAUCGACGGCACUUCGACCGAGAUAUCGACCAAGGAGCUUUGCGGUGGUGCGCGCAUCUACUACAUCUUCAACUCUGUCUUCGGCAGCUCCCUCGAGACCAUCGAUCCCACAUCCAACUUAUCUGCGCUGGACAUCCGCACCGCGAUCCGCAACUCCACCGGGCCGCGGCCUAGUCUCUUUGUGCCCGAAAUGGCCUUUGACCUUCUCGUCAAGCCGCAAAUCAAGCUGCUCGAAAUCCCUAGCCAACGCUGCGUCGAGUUGGUGUACGAGGAGUUGAUCAAGAUCUGCCACACCUGUGGCUCAACCGAACUUUCCAGGUUCCCCAGAUUACAGGCCAAGCUCAUCGAAACCGUUUCAGACCUGUUACGUGAGAGGCUCGGGCCUGCAUCGUCCUAUGUCGAGUCGCUCAUUUCCAUCCAGCGCGCGUACAUCAACACGAACCACCCCAACUUCCUAGGUGCCGCCGCUGCCAUGAGCAACGUCGUCAACGCAAAGCAGGAGCGCGAACGAAAGCGGUUCAUCCAAGAAGAGCGCGAACGGCGAGAGAAGCGACGCCUCAAGGAGCUUGGCGCCAACGGCGUGGAGCCGGCCGAGGAGGGCGAGGAGGCUGAAAAGGGAGAACUCAGUGUGCGCAAGGCUGGCUCGAAGCCUCCGCGCAGCCUGUCCCCGGCAAUCCAAGAGCAUGUCCACGGUAGCCUGGCAGCUGCCGUCAACGGUGGACGACCGCAAUCCCCGUCGCGGCUCAACGGCCAAGGCUUGGGUGCCCGAGACACGUUCUUGAACUAUUUCUUCGGCAAGGAGGGCGUCACCCCGCCCAACUUUACCUCGUCAAGUCCCGUAGGCGCAGGCCGGCAUUUGAGCCCCGCAGGUGAGCCCGCCUCCUCUCUGGGCGUUCGAAGAGAGGACAGGGUCGCGCUCCGUUCAGCCCCGCCGCGGGACGAUGAAUAUGAGCCCACCGGCAAGAGUUACGGAUUGGCGUCACAAUUUGGAGAGUCGAACGAGCCGGCCCUGACGGACCGCGAGGCCAUGGAGACGGAGCUCAUCAGGGCCCUCAUCUCGUCCUACUUCAACAUUGUGCGCGAGUCGAUUGCCGACCAGGUCCCCAAGGCCGUCAUGCACCUCCUCGUCAACCACUGCAAGGACGUUGUGCAGAACCGCCUCGUCAGCGAGCUGUACCGGGAGAGCCUGUUUGAGGAGCUGCUGUACGAGGACGACGCCGUCAAGAAGGAGCGCGAGAAGUGCGAGAAUCUUCUCGCCACGUACCGCGAGGCGGCUAAGAUUAUCGGCGAGGUGCUGUGA